AUGCGGGGGCUCAACGUGUCCAGGGUGACUGAGUUCACCCUGCUGGGCUUCUCAGCCUUCCCCCAGCUGCAGCCUGCGCUUUUCUCGCUCUUCCUGCUCAUGUACCUGUGCACGCUGCUGGGCAACCUGCUGAUCACGGCCACCGUGCGGAGCGAGCGCGGCCUGCACACGCCCAUGUACCUCUUCCUGUGCGCCCUGUCCGUCUCCGAGGUGCUGUACACGGUCGCCAUCACCCCCCGCAUGCUGGCCGACCUGCUGGCCGCCCGCCACGCCAUCUCCCUGCGGGCCUGCGCCUCCCAGAUGUUCUUCUCCUUCACCUUCGGCUUCACGCACUCCUUCCUGCUCACGGCCAUGGGCUACGACCGCUACGUGGCCAUCUGCCACCCGCUGCGCUACCCUGUGCUCAUGGGCGCCCGGGGCUGCGCCCGCCUGGUGGCCUGGUCCUGGGCGGGGGGCUGCGUCAUGGGGCUGGUGGUGACAGCCUCCAUCUUCCACCUCACCUUCUGUGGCCCCAGCCGGAUCCACCAUUUCUUCUGCCACGUGCCGCCCCUGGUGAAGCUGGCCUGUGGACGCGACGUGCCCGCGGUGGCGCUGGGGGUGGGCGCGGUGUGCAUCACGGCCCUGCUGGGCUGCCUCCUCCUCAUCCUCCUCUCCUACGCCUGCAUCGUGGCCGCCCUCCUGAAGAUCCCCUCCGCCGAGGGGCGACGCAAGGCCUUCUCCACCUGCGCCUCCCACCUGACGGUGGUGGUGGUGCACUACGGCUUCGCCUCGGUCAUCUACCUCAAGCCCAGGGGGCCCCGCUCUCUGGAGGGGGACACCCUGACGGGCUUCACCUACACCGUGCUCACGCCCUUCCUCAGCCCCAUCAUCUUCAGCCUGCGGAACAAGGAGCUCAAGGCGGCCAUGAAGAAGGUUUUCGUCAAGAGAUUCUCUCUCUGGAGCACCUGA